UUAAUACGCCUCAAUUACACUUCGAACUUCGGACACGAACGACUUCAUAUGACUUCUCCGGAACGGUAACCUCAUAGAAAGUUCAUUCCGCUCCAGUAUGGCAGCAGCUUCCUCAACUCUGACAGACCACCUCCUCUGCUCCAUCUGCACUGAGGUCUACACUGACCCAGUGUUUCUCACCUGCCAACACACCUUCUGUAUGAGAUGUAUCCAACAAUGUCUGGAUGCUGGUCACCAGCACUGCCCAGAGUGCAGACAGCCUGUCAGGGACAGGAACUUCCAGAUCAACAGACUGAUAAAGAACAUAGCUGACCAGCUGAGACUGGAGGAGAACAAGAAGGGGAGAGGAGGAGUGGAGAGAGAAGAUGUGUGUCCAGAACAUGGAGAGAGUCUGAAGCUGUUCUGUGAGACAGACGACCAGCUGAUCUGUCAUAUCUGCAGAGAUGGAAGAGAGCACCGAGGUCACACAUUCAUACCUCUCAAAGAGGCCCAGGAGGAUCUGAGAGGAAAGUUGGUGUCAGUUAUAUUUGGUAGCUCUGAGAAGGACAUUGAUAAAGCAAGCAAAGCAAUACAUGAUCAAGAACAAGUCCUCUCUGAUCAAAGACAUCGAUGUGAUGACAUCCAAAGCAAGAUUAAGGCCCAAUUUGAGGAGGUCAUCGCCAAGUUGAGGGAAAAAGAGGAGAAAGCAAUGAGAGAAAUUGAGUUCAAUCGUUGUCCGGCUGAGAUGGGAGAGCAUCUGACUAAGCUGGAGAGAUACUUGGCUACAGCCAGAGAAAGAAAAAACACACUGCAGUCUGGGCUGGAGAUCACUGACCCCAGAGAAUUUCUUAGGUGGUGGAGAGAGGAGGGCAGUGCUUUGUAUAAUACAUCUCCCAAAUGGCCACAAGUCCACAGAUCCAAAAUUUGCAGUCUUACAAAACAGGAUGAUAUAGAUUAUGACAACAUGAUGGGUUGCAUUCUUUGGGAGAACAUUGAUAAAAUCCUUAGAUGGCAUCUUAGUACAGUAAAACAACACAGGUGCUGCAUAGCAUAACCGGCAGGGCCAAGGGAGGGGGAAGGGAGGACAGUAGAUAUUGGUGUUGAAGAACAUAUGGUUUGGUAUGGGCAAGAGCAGUGGAAUUGACAUGAGGUAAAACUCAAAAAAAUAAGCAGCUUGGAAUGUUUAAACAUUUAAUUAUUUAAGAUAAAAAGCUUAAAAAAAUACAUUCUUCAAACAUCAGAACUAACCAAGUAUAUAAGACUGCACUGAGUACUUGUCAGGUUGGAAUGAAGAGCACAGUCGCAGAUGCAGUUUAGAGUUUUUAAUGGUUCUGAUUUACUUCAAUCACGUAAAGUAGUCAGUCAUGACCACACACUGGGUCAAAUAAUAAUUGAGGCAAAGGCAAACUUAAAGUCCAUCAAGACGGUUGGUUCAAGGGUAAUCCACAAUCAAGGUCAAGGCACAGUCCAGGGUCAAGGUACACAGAGCAGCCAGCACAAUCGAAGUUUCCAGGUAGGGCAAGACAAAGGAGAGGUCAGAGACAAGCGGGGUUCAAUACCGUGAAACAAAAGAGAGUCCAAGUGAACAGUCCAAAUCGUAAUUCCAAAAUCCACAGUCGGGGCAAGCAGGGUCCAGCACAGGUAAAGAGUUUCCGUAAAAAGUUUCCAAGUGAGGUAACGCCCGUAGCACACAAACCAUGAAUGAGCACUGACAAACAAUUCAGGGUUCCUUUUAACCAUGGCCGUUCACUUCCUCACAGCUGAGCCGGCCUUGCUCUGACUCCUUAGUGCUCCCUGCUGUCCUGGAGGGCACGCUGUGUGUUGAGUCGUGACAGUACUGGUUAAUAGUGUAAAUCGUUUUUCAAUCAUAUUCAUAGAGGUCUCAUUGUGUUAAAAAAAGAAGAGUAUUUUCUUUGUUUAAAUUUUACUCUAUUGGACACUUACUGUUGAUGAUCGCUUUUCUAUGUUUGUUUAAUUUACAAAGCACCACAUUCAUGGAUGACAUUACUGUAUAUCUGAAACACAAUAUAAUUAUCUUUCAUCACCGGAUCAGAUACACUAGGCUAUCCCGACUAAUUACUUCUACACAGGAUCACAAUUUAAAGGAUCAUUGUUUUUGUAUUUUUUAUUGCUACAUUCAGUCAAUUUAUAAACUCUUGAGAUAAAACUAAAGUCUGUACAGUAAAAUACAGAUGUAGCAUUUGAGUCAAAUACAUACAUAAAUAUAUUCUUUAAGAUAACCCCAGGAAAGGGGGGUGAGACCACAACAGGACGGACACUAGACAAGAUGCGUCUGUAUCUGUGCUCUUACUAAGUAUGCUAGAAUCCACAUGGCAUUAAAAUAUAUCAGGCCAGGAAGAAGUGCAUGGAGCAGCAGAAUGAUCUUGCUGCCCACAGGAUCUGAUCCUGGUGAGACACAGGAGAAGCCCGUCCAGGAAUCACUCCACAGAGCCCAGUCCCUCCAGCAGUACAGCCCUCCAGUCCUUGCACUCUAUUCCCCCAGAAUGGAAUCAAGAAGCCUCCAGCUAACAGACAAAACCUUGUGGUUGCAGUUUGAUGAAGACGUGGGCAAGACUGUUGAAACUACAACCAAGGGGGAGGUGGAGCGCCGGCUUAAACCUAUGACAGCUAUUAUAGUCAGCUUCGCUUCUGAGAGGUUUGUCCACAUUGAGAAAGGCAACACCUGGUCACAAACCUUUUAGAGUGUAUACAGUAAUAACAAAUUCAGCUUAAUCAUGUCCUUUCCUCAAGUGGUAUUGUAUACUGUAUAUCUUAAUAAUUACAGAUUGAUCUCACAUACUUGUUAUGAUUGAUUACAAUGCUUGCCCUCCACUAGUAAGUUUGAUACAGCCAGUAUGAAACUAUUUAGCACAAUGUCUAGCUGCUUUAACUAUAAAUAUGAGUUUUUCCUGGAUGUUAAUAAAUGUGUUUUAAAUUCA